UGCCCCGAUCGCUAUGGGUCCAUCUCGCCAUUUCGUUUUCUAAUUGCUAUGGAAACCGAACUGACGCUUAAUUCCUAUAGAAAGUGGAGGCUCAGGCAGAAAAAGAAACAAUCGAACCACGUUUCCACAAACGUGGAAAAAUCUUCCCUUCUAUUUGGUAACGGUCGGGUUAGCGAGAGAAAUCGAGAACAGUUUUUGCGGUUUCCAAAGUGGAAGGCAUGAUAGAUUUCCAUGCUUUGGAGAAAGAGCUGGAAGAAGCUAUUGCCACAGAUGAGAAAUACCAGAGAGAAAAUGAAGCUAAAUUCCGAGCGGUGCAUCAGAAAGUAUCAUCUUAUGAAGAAUUCAGAGAUAUUGUUCUAGCCUCCCAUUUGAAACCUCUGGAGCAAAAGGAUAAAAUGGGAAGUGGCAGGAAUGUGUUGUGGAACUCUUGUGCAGUUAAAGCAAAUCAUAAACAAGAGAGUAAGAUAGACUUGCCUCAGGAAUUGGAACACCUGCCUGAGACUUCUGCAGAGUUCUAUAGAGAUUGGCGUAGAUGUAUGAAAAACAAUCAAGAUCGCUAUCUCUUCCUCCUCCAACUUGGAUCCCAAAACUUGUGCCGUAUCUUCCAAAUAGAUCUUGUUUUUGGCCUCUUGGGUGAAUUUCUAGUGGUACUGAAUCAAAAUGCUUGCAUCAAAGACUUCAAUUUUAUCUUGGAUAUCUUGGAGAAUUUAUCAGGCACGAAACGUUUUGGACUAAACAUUGAACUUCUGAGUGAGAUAGAGAAAGAAAACUGCAGGCAGUUAUUUGAAAAAUUGCAAAAAAUAGAAAUUGGCCUUGACAAUUUUUCUGAAAUUCAACAGAUUUCAAAUGAAGAUGAUACAGACGCUAUUCAAAUCCAUUGUCAAGCAGGUAAAGGAACUAAAAAAAAAAUGCUAAAACUGAUGAACCUUUACCAAAUGUCCUCAAUCAAUUCUUGAGUUUAUACUAGUAACUAAGGAUGGAAACAUUGUAACAUAAAGAAAGGACUAGCGUGCCUAUUAAGAACAUAUCUAUUCGCUCUUUAGUAUGUAUUGGAAAAAUAGAAGAGCAUAUGAAAAAUAGAUACCUAGUCAGAGAGUGUUCGCCUCUUGCCUUUUGUCUCUAUUGCAAUAAAAUGUUAUAUCAACUUA